AUGGCUUCGCUCCGACGUGAGGUACUGGGGGGAUAUAGGCGUCUCAUGCGCGUGCGCGUGGUUGCUUUCGAAGACGAUACUACCAUGCUUGAGGCAUCAAAACAACAGCUGCGAAUAGAGUUCAACAAGAACAAGGCCGUCACCGACCCCUCCAAGAUAGCUGGGCUCAUCAAGGGCAUCAAUGAAGUGGAGGAAAUGCUGAAAUACAACAUUGCGCAGGCCAGGCUGAACGAUCGAGGCAACUACGGUAACUAA